AAAGCUCCCAGAAAGGAUGUUCCAUAAGGCUACAAAAUCACUGGCUAAACAACUGGAUCCAGAAGGAGACUUGAUCCCAGUACGCUGCCUGGUAGACCACAACCAUUUCAGAGCUCUGUGCCUGGUCCAAAGGAAGAGCAAGAGCCCGUGGUGGCAGAAACACCGUUACCAUAAAACUGACUACAAGCUACAUGAUGUGCUCUUGCCAGGAGAGCAUCCUGCGCACCUAGAUAUCUGUGAUUCAGACCCGUUCACCAUAGUGGACCACGUGGAUGGAAAAUUAGAGGGGGAUGUGAGUGUGGUUACUGACCUGGCAACCUUGAAAGUGACGAGCAGUGCCAACCUGUCUCAUGCAAGGUCUGUGAAAGUGAAAAAGAGGCACAUCAGUCCCCAAGUUCUCGAUUCUCUAAAUGGAAACAGUAAACUCAACUUGACCCACUUGCUUAUUCAGCAAUCAGAGAAGUUCCAAAAGGAUCUCUAUGUGAUCACUGAGACUGUCGAGACUGUGGAUAUUGCUGAGUUUAAGGAAUCCAACAAAACUGAAGGCAACAUCCUCACUGAACUCCGUGUCAAAAUGAAAUUUACGGGUCUCAGAGACAGCAAGAAAGCAGUAAUCAUCCCCAAGGACUGCAUCCUGGCAUUCAGAGUAAAACGAUUACUGAUCAGAAAAGGAUCCUUAGGCAUUUCAAUCUUUGCAGAAGACCCAAGACCAACUUUUGAUGCAUGCAAAAUCGAAUAUCAAGCUGAUGUGGUGUCUGUAGAUGUGGAAAGCAAGAGGAAGUACCAGCUGAUGGAAAUUGAGCAGGAAUGCGCACCCCUCCUUUCAUUGUCCACAGAUCUGCGGGGCAAGUUUUUAAAUGGCUUCUUGGCUAUAAUCAGAAAUAAUGACCUUUUGGAAGAACUAGAACUCCAGCUGGAGCAGGCUCUUGAUGAGAUUAAUCCAAUGAAGUUGAAGACUGGCAGACUAGAGCUGCAAGAACUGGUGGACAAUUUACAAGAUCCCACUGGAGCCAUUUGCCGUGACAUUGCUGAAUCAGUCCUGUACUUUCUUCAAGCUCUGGGUGAAUUGUCAGAAUCUGAGAUGUUGCUUCUGGAAGAAUCUGUGGAAAGGAAAAUUGUGCCCAACCAGACUGCACUGGUUCGGAACAUCCUAGAAAAACAUUUCAGCAAUGAAAAAGGGACACUUAUUACAGAUACCCAGGAAGUCUCUCCUUUCAUCGAAGAUGAGCUGGCCAUUACUGAGGCUAUGAUCAAGUUACAAGGAGUGACAGUCCAAAGAAGCAGAGCCCGUCUUGCUAUGACUGGGAACCCUGAUGCUUUUUUGGACCUCAGUGUGUUGUAUGUUGCUCUGUAUGUGCUGAAUCUUCUAUCCAAAUGAGAGGAUGGCUA